UACUGCUUUACGUAGGUAGGGUCGUGGAACCCGGCGCUCUCUUCCAUCCUCCGGUGGGAUUUCUCUCCUCUUCCCGCAUCUUCAACCCUGACAGGUAAAGUCCCUUCGAGAAAAACACUGGUGACGUUUCCGCUGCAGCUGAGGGAAGUUUUGAAGGCAAGCCUGAGGCUGUGCGAGUCGCGCCCGGACAAAACAAAAAAGACCGGAAAGCCCAGGUUGGCCCCAGCGGCCCUGAAUUUUCCGGGGCCGGAAGUUCCCUGCGUGGCUGUGGCUACAGGCGCCGACGCUCCCGGCUCUGUCGGCGGCGUUCCGUUCCCAUGGCAACCCCAUUGUCUUCCGAGACGGAACCUGGGCUGCUGGCGCGCCAGACGGACCUCUCAGGGUCUCGCUUCCGCCAGGCACCUUUGCGGCGCUCUGAACGAGGUCCGCCGAGGCCUGGACGCUGACGCCGCUGGAGGAAGCUGAGCUCGCCGGCUGAGGGAGACGAGAAGGAAGAAGAUGCAAGCCCGCCCCAUCCGCAUUCCAACCGUCAGCAAUGACACGGACUGGGACUUCUGCUUCCACUUGUCACAGCAAGCCAAGAAGCCAGCAUACCAACAAAGAGAUGAACUGUAUUCAUCUAGCGGGUCUGGAGAGAGUGAAGAAGACACUAAGGCCACGGAGGAGAUGGCCGUAGGCUGCAUGUCUCUUCCUGAAGACAAAUUGGCCCAAUCCCAGAAGAAAAUAGCUCAGCUGAUGAAGAAAAAAAUGAAUAUCCAAGCAAACAAGGAGCUGAUUCGCUGUGUCAUCCUUUCUCGGAUUAUUUUUGGGGAAGAACACUGGAAAUGUGCACAGGCUCUGGCCAGCCUGGCUUAUGGCUACCUGACACUGAGAGGCCUCCCAGCUCAGGCCAAGAAACAUGCUGAAUCUGCCAGGAGCACGCUGCUGACCUGGAAGGAAAACACGACCUCAAACACGGAGAAAAAGGAAAUCCUGGAAGCUCUGGUCAUGCUGUACUACACCGUGGGGGUGGCCUGGCUCCUACAGAACCAUGGCAGAGAGGCUUAUUUCAACCUGCAGAAGGCAGAGAGAAACAUGAAGGAGCUGAAAGAAUUAUGUGAGGGAAGUGUUCACAGAUUACAAGUCUCGGAGAAAGACCUGACAAUUGCUUUGGGCAGAGCCUCCUUGGCUGUCCACAGAUUGAACCUUGCUCUGGCAUACUUUGAAAAGGCAAUUGGCAAUGUUAUCGCUGCUAAGGGUGAUAGGACAUCAGAUCUGGUCAGUCUGUACGAGGAGAUCGCGCAGAUCGAGCAGCUGAGGAGGAACCAUGAUCAGGCCAUCCAGUACUUGCAGCAGGCCUAUUCUAUCUGUGUAUCUUUGUUCACUGACGUCAGCCCCCAAACUGCAGAGGCAAGUGCGCUACUAGCCAAGGCUCAUGCCCUGUCUGGAGAGGCCCAACACAGGGAUGCUGUGGAGAUAUAUUUUAUAAAAAGUAUCAGUGCAUAUCAAGCAACAUUGGGCCCAACGGAUUAUGAAACACUGACAACCAUUGAAGAAUUUUGCAAAUGGCUUGUCCAAAAUGGAGAAAAACAGGAAGCUUACAGACUGCUAAAGGCCUCACUGAAGUCUCAGGUCAUCAGCUAUGGUGAUUGUAGUGAAAAAGUGGCUGAAACUUUUUACAACAUGGGCAGGAUCUGCUUUGCCAAAGGAGACCUCAGAAAGGCGAUUCAGCUGCUAAGGAAGUGUCUGAUGAUUCAAAUCCUUUUAUAUGGAAGAGACCACAGUAAAAGCAGAGACACAAAAGACCUCCUUACCCUAAUGCAGAGGGCAAGUAGCCAUUCAUCCAGGUGGAGAAGAGAAACCAUUCCAGGACGAAGGCACUGUAUAUGCAAAGGCACCGAGGCAUGACAGAGGAGAGUGUAUCAAAGCAAUGGUCUUCUGUUAUCAGUAAAGAGAAAACCUCUAUACUGGAUAGCCAACAAUAAAGCCAACCUUGUUGAUAACAAAAAUUCUGGAUCACAAGAUAUAUUUAUCAACACUGAUAACAAUGGCAGAUCAAAAGCAGAACUAAGAACUCUAAGGGGGGGAAAAGUCUGCUUAGCAGCAGCAUUACAGGUAAAAAUACUCAAGAGCCAUUAGAAAGCAGGAUUCUGAUCUAUAACUUGGGGCGGGAGGGGGGGCAAGGGAUAGGGCAAGUGUAGAAAUCUUUUUUUAGAUACAUGCUUUUAGUUUCUUAAUGACUAGGGACUCUAAUACCUUUUGUAUUUCCCUUUUUAUAACUUAUAUUUCAUUUUUUUCAGUUCUGGUUUUUAAAGAAGAUUCUGCAACACCUAAGUAGUUUAUUAGUGACCAUUUUAAUAUACUGUUUGGAAAUACUUUUAGUCGUAACUUGUUUCAGGUCACUAAAACUGCCUUGUGAAGAAACGUUUGAUCUCCUGAAAACAUUUGCCCUGGUCUCAUGCCAUAUUAGAGUCAGAGAGGGAUUUGAUUCUUAUAAAUGAAGAAACUAGGGACAAGAGAGAUGGAUUUGUUCAAGGUCAGCUGGGUGAUUAUAAAGCUGACUUCCUGAGUCACAGAUGAUUACUUUCCACCCCGUUAUGCUGCCCCCAACCCCAAAGUGGAUUAAAAAGGCUUGUUUUGUGGAAGGAAUCUUAACCAGGUUUGUUUAAAAAAAAAAAAAAAAAAAAAAAAGUCCUUACCUCCUGAACAAAUGUGUAUCUAGGAAAAGAAAACAGCAAUCUCAAAUCUCAAAUAUUCCUUACUGUCUUCUUCACAUAUGCAGGGAGAAAAGAAAAAUCGGACUCGUGUGAGUUUUACAAAAUAAAAAACUUACUUCUCUCUUCAUCGUUUCUGUUACCCGAGCUGAUUUAAUGCAGUUCAAAGACUGUGUCUUUAGGGAUCCAAGCGUCUUCUAACAUCUCCAUAUCACUUAGUGCUUAGGGGACUACAUUUUGGUUCUUCAUGCAAAAAAUUAUUUUUUUAUUUCAGUCAUUUGCUCAGUCUGUAAAACCUAAUGAUCAACCAGUAGCCAAGGUAUGGUGGUGAGUGGCGAGUCAGUGCCUGGUCUGUAGACUGGAAGGCUUCCUCCUGGCGGCUGUGUUCUGAAUGCUUUCAGCUCAGCUCUCAGGACCAAGGUCUCAGGUUGCAGGCCUGCCUGAAGGCAGCUAUAUCCCACUGACCUUUUCUGCAGUGCUUAUCAACUGGUCACCGGUCUGUCGUUGCUAAUUUUAGCCCUGUCUGGAGAUGGGCCUGCUGUCCUUACCCAGAAUAUUCUGCACUGACUAAAGCAGCCUCAGAAGAGUUGCUUCCAUUUUCACAUAUCCGGACGAAAAUGGAUUUUCGACAAUGACUGUGAUAAAAACCAAAGUACCAGACAGAAGUGGCCGUUUGGACUCUAUUUUGUGUGGCACUAAAAGUUUUAAAAAUGUUACUACUUUGGGAGACCUCAAAGUCUUAAGAUCUCCAGACUGACAAACCUGUAUCAAUAAAACAAUAGCAUAAAGUGUUAACAUUGUAAAAUAAAAUGUUACGGUGUGAUCUUGA